AUGGGAAAAUCAGCCGUUAUAUUUGUGGAAAAAGCCACUCCCGCUACACUAACGGAACUAAAGGAUGCUCUGUCGAACAGUAUCCUGUCCGUGCGAGACCCUUGGUCUAUAGACUUCCGGACGUACCGGUGCUCUAUCAAGAAUCUGCCCGCCGACGUUUCCAAGCUCAUGUGCUCGAUAACGUUUCACCAUCAUGGCCGGCAGACCGUGGUGAUCAAGGACAACUCCGCCAUGGUGACCACUGCAGCAGCAGCGGAUAUUCCUCCGGCGCUGGUGUUCAAUGGCUCGUCUACGGGUGUUCCUGAGUCCAUUGACACCAUCUUGUCGUCCAAGCUGUCAAACAUCUGGAUGCAGAGGCAGCUUAUCAAGGGCGAUGCCGGCGAAACGUUGAUCUUGGACGGGCUCACCGUGCGACUCGUUAACCUCUUCUCCUCCACCGGGUUCAAGGGUCUGCUGAUAGAACUGCAGGCAGACAAAGCGGGCAAGUUUGAGGCCAAGAUCGCAGGCAUUGAAGCGCAUCUAGUUGAAAUCCGGGCCAAAGAUUACAAAACUUCAUCCGACUCAUUGGGGCCGGACUCACACAAUGAAAUCUGUGAUUUGGCAUACCAGUACGUUCGCGCCCUAGAACUGUAA